AUGUGCAAUCGGUGUCGGAUUCCGAAGCCCGGCGGCUGGAGUGCCUCACCUGUGGCAAGCAAGCCCGGCAAAGAGAUGCGGCCUGGGGACUGGAUCUGUCCAUCGUGUGCCAACCACAAUUUUGCCGAUAAGCUGUUUUGCAACAGGUGUAACCUUCCGAAAGAGAAGGCAGGCGAAGUUUCCGGCCCGGGGCCGGAUCAGCCGACCCAAGCGUGGGGAUUCCGGCAGGGCGAUUGGAUGUGCCCAGCCUGUGGCAACCACAACUAUUCAAGCCGGACAGCUUGCAAUCGAUGCAAUGCGCCACGUUCGAGUGACAGCGACGAAGUGAGCGGAUCCUACGGUGCUGCGCCCAAACGGGGGCCAGCACGCGAGUCCCCGUAUCACGCACCAGGUGGGAGCUGGACUUGCGUCAGCUGCGGCAACAUCAACUGGCCUCUUCGAACGGCAUGCAACCGCUGCAAGCUUCCAAGACAGCAGGCCCAGGCGACGAUGCCGGGCUCCUUCGGUGGCUUCCAGGGUCUGGUCAAUAUGGCCAACAUCCAGGCUAUGCACAUGCCGGGUGUGAUGGGUAUGGGAGCCCCCCAGAACAUGUACGUGCCAGCUGCACCGAUGCCUAUGGGCACAUCAAUGGCAGCGAACAUGGCUGCAAACAUGGCCGCGGCGAACAUGUCCACAAAAGCCGAGCCUGUGGACGACAACGGAAACGUCACUGGUGUGAACGGAGGUCCUUCUGUGAUGCUUCGCCCGAGCCUAGCUCCACCACCGAUUCCUUCGAUGGCGGGGGCGGCGCCUGCGCAUCCCGCCGCCCCGGUGUGGAAGCAGGGUGAUUGGAUGUGUCCGGUGUGCAACAACCACAACUUCGGGGACAAGUCGCACUGCAACAGGUGUGGAAUCCCGAAAGAGACGCGGAUCUCGGACUUUGGCCUCCGAGAGGGCGACUGGAUCUGCCUCGUCUGCGCAAACCACAACUUUGCGAGCAAGACCAAUUGCAACAAGUGUCACGCUGAGAAAGAGAAUGCACCCAUGAUACAUCAGAUAAGCGCUGGAGCGCGGAACAGGGCGACGACGAGACAACAAAAUGAGAUGCGAGAAGGCGAUUGGAUCUGCCAAUAUUGCCGCAACCACAACUACUCGCGGAGGAUGGAGUGCAACCGCUGCAAGCAGCCGAAGACCUGA